AUGAUUCGACCAGCGAUUGCUUCGCUAUCACUGGGUGAUCCAAGGGUGCACCAUGGGUCGGCCAGACUUUUCCAAGCGGCUCACAACGGCUUCCAGGGUGUUGAGAUUGUUGAGGACGAUGUUAAGUCAUUGGCAGAAAAGCUUCCUGGAGGCCUUGGAGACUCGAACAGCAUCAAGGCAGCAAAGGACAUCCGUCAACAAUGCGACAAACUCGGCUUGACUGUACUCGUCUUCCAACCCUUUCGGCAGUAUGAAGGCCUUCUUGACCGCACGCAACAUGAAGCCAUGCUCAAGAAGCUGAGACUGUGGUUUGAGAUCACCCGCAGCUUAGGCACAGACAUGAUUCAGGUACCUACAAGCUGGCUGCAAGAAGGCACGACUGGGAAAGAAGAGGCCGUUGUGGCAGACCUUCGCCAGAUAGCUGAUAUGGGGCUUGCACAGAGCCCAAUAGUUCGAUUUGCGUAUGAAGGCGUCGCCUGGGGCCGACACUUUGACACCUGGGAAGACACGUGGGAGGUUGCUAAGAAAGUGGACAGACCCAAUUUUGGCUUGUGUCUGGACACCUUCCACAUAGCUGGCCGCACAUGGGGUGACCCUACUGCGCAAAGCGGGCGAACUCCGGAUGCAGAACACAAUCUUGCGGUGUCUCUCGACAGGUUGGUCAAGCAGGGAGAUGUUGCGAAGGUGUUUUAUGUGCAGGCUGGAGAUGCCGAGAAGCUGGAUCCGCCCUUGAGCGAGUCCCAUCCAUUCUACGCGGCUGAUCAGCCCGCAAGGAUGAGCUGGUCGCGAAAUGCCCGACUGUUUCCAUACGAAGAGGACAGAGGAGGGUAUCUUCCCAUCGAGCCUGUGAUGGACGCAAUUGUCAACAAGUUGGGAUAUGAUGGCUGGGUCAGCAUGGAGCUGUUCUCGCGGGAAUUGGCGGACCCAGAUCGAGAGCUGCCGCAGAGAUAUGCCACACGGGCUUCAGCAUCGUGGAAGAAACUGGCAGAUGCGCUGCAGAAAGCGUAG